AUGAAAAUAAACCAGAACAUUGUCCUUUUUGGUACAAAAGUCAUACUGGUACCGUACAGGCAAUUGCAGAAAUACCACGAAUGGAUGCAAGAUGUUACUCUGCGUGAAGCCACAGCGAGCGAGCCUUUGACCCUUGAAGAAGAGUAUGAAAUGCAACGGAAAUGGGCGGAGGAUGAAGACAAACUCACAUUCAUCAUUUUAGCUCGACAAUAUCACUCCGCUCCAAGAUCAGGUGAAGAGAGAGAAAGUCGAAUGAUAGGAGAUGUGAAUAUGUUUCUUGCGGAUGGUUUUGAGGGAGAUGCGGAAUGUGAGAUUAUGAUUGCUGGUAAUCUCUCAUACAUCACCACCAGACUCAAUAUCCGUCCUAUCCAGCUCAUAGCCCGGAUAGGUAAUACAAACCAGGCUUCUAUACGAUUAUUCCAAACACUCGGAUUUGAUAUUGAAAGGGUGGUGGAUGUUUUUGACCAAGUUGACCUGCGU